CAGACUGAGGAACAGAAAGAGCUGAUGUGGGGAAAGGGAGCUUGUAUUCAGCUGUGCGAGGAUGCUUUCAAUCGCAGUGACGCGAUUAUGGUGAGGAGCUGUGGAGUGGAGAAGUAUUGCGUGCUUGUUGCAACCCCAGUGGGCGUGGGAUUGUACAGAAAGGAGGGUUUCAAGGUGGUCAAGGAAAUGGAAUUCGACUUGGAGAUGUAUACAGGAGGGCAGGGGAAGGGGGAAACGAAGAGAUGGGUCAUGAGAAGA